AUGGGUCGGGACGGGGUGCUUGGUAGUGCGCUUAUUCUCGCCGUAACGACGAUUGGCGCUGGCAUCCUCACACUUCCAUCUGCCUUUUCAGACGCUGGUGUAGUGCUUGCGCUGGUUUUGCUGAUUUUUGUUGCUCUUCUCACAGUUUUCUCCAUUGAUUACAUGGUGCUCUGCAUUGACAAGCUGGGGGUGAACUCGUACGAGCAGAUCAAUCGGGAGCUGCUCGGCAGGUUUAAUGAGGAAUUUGUGCGGUGGAUGUUGCUUGUUUAUAACACCGGCUCUGCUAUCAGCUAUUUAGUGAUUCUUGGGGAACUCAUUGAGCCGCUCCAGCCCACCAUAUCGCGUUACUUUCCUUGGCUUCUCACAACGAAACAUUCGAUUAUUGUUUACUGGUUCUUCGUUAUUUUACCCGUUUCAUGCGUGCCAUCCAUUUCUUUCUUGCGCAGUGCGUCAUUUCUGGCUAUUGCUGCGACGUGUUUUAUAUCGUCUCUCGUAGUGCUACGAUAUUUUGUACCCAACGGAGGUGAUAGUGGCGGCGCCGACAGUGUGAGGUCGCCUUAUUCAGGCAAAGGUGCCUCUGAUAGGGUUAUGUGGUUUUCCGGUAAACAUCCAUUACUAGCGCUGCCCAUCAUGAUGUUUUCGUUUGAUUGUCAAUCACUUGUGUUUCAGGUUUAUUCCAAUUUGGAGGUGAUGAGCCGGCGGAAUAUGAUGCGUGUCUCUAUCAUUAGUCUCAUUCUUUCUGCCAUAAUUCAUGCUGCGGUGGGCAUGUUUGGUUACCUUGGCCACCCAGCCGAUGUUCGUGAGAAUGUCAUGAGCAACUUUGAUCCCAGAACGGAUCCCUUGUUUGCGGUGGGCUACGCUGUGUAUGUGAUUCCGGUGAAUCUGGCGUUUGUGAUUAUCCUGUUUCCCACACGCGACGCUAUUUUUCUGAUGUGGUACGGUUACAGCUCUGCCACAGAGGCAGUAGAUAGAGGGUACAUCAUGGACGGGGGUGUGAGGGAGUACGAUGCAUGUCAACACAGUAUCCCCAUGCGUGAUCAACUUAUAGUUAGCGUCUCUCUUUCAGUUGCAUGCAUCACAGUUGCACUCGCGGUACCAGGUGUCGUUUCAGUGGUAGCGUUGUUGGGUGCCGUGUGUAGUAGCAGUUUGUGCUUCACCUACCCCGCACUCUACCGCCUCCGGCUACACAAAACCGGUAUUUUGCCCUAUUCAAAGUAUUGGGAGCGUCCGUUGAUGUUGCUGAUGUUGAGCUUCGGGGUUGUUGGUGGCGCGUUUGGGACCAUUGUGGCGGCAAAAGAGUUCUUGUAG